AUGUUUGGAUCCGUUAAGUCAUUGCUUCACAAUGCAGUGAUAUUCUUUCACCUAGCAGACUGUGCAACAGCAAGUACAAGCCAUGCAGCUUCAUUAGUGGAAGAAAUAAUACACUACAAUGAACCUACCUUAAACAUCAGUGACCUAAACAGCCCAGCAGAUGCCGAUGAGUUCUCUGAAAAAUACUACAAAUCACCAAUCAAGAACAUCAGUGAAUACGCCAGAGAUCUGAUUCCACUGAUCAAAUCCAAAACUGAGGAAUGUACAACUCAAAUCAAACAAGAAGACGCGAACUCAUUUCUAAAUGACGAAGAACUCACACAAUACGCCAUUGAUGCGUACGUUAGAAAUGUGUUAAGCAAAUACAUGCGUAGUAAUGACAUGAUUGUGAAUUCUGGAUGUAUGAUCAUUUUAAAUCAGAAUGAGGAUGCUAUCAAACCAAUGGACGAGUAUGAAAAGGAAAUGGAUAUUGCUCGAAAGAGCAAGCGGAGAAAAGUUGUCAAGAGGUCAAAUGCGAAAGAGAAUCAUUUAUUGGACUUGUUGCUCAGUGAAUCAGGAAAUAUGCAGUUUGCGGAUUACAAAAAAGAUGGAACUACCUGCCGACUGAAGAGUAUGGAUGCUCUUUGUGAUAAGUUUAGAGAGAAGGACAACAUCUAUUUCAUACAUCCAAUGACGGCAACAGGAGUACAUUGGUAUUUGAUGCAUUUUGAUAGGCGUGAAAAAAGGACAACGAUCUACGAUUCAAAAGAUGUGAAACAGAGUCUUCACGAGCAACCAAACAUGAACAACUACAUCAAAUGGAAUCUGAUGAUGAAAUUAUUGGGAGGAGACAACUAUAGGAAUGUCGCAUUCUGCCAUGAUCUUGAAUUUGAGCAAGGUGUAAACGACUGUGGGAUUCAAGUACUUGGAAUUCUAAGGGAGCUGAUACUGAAAAGAGAAGUCAAAAGAUACGAUGUAAAGAAAUUGAGACCAUUUUUGCUACAUGAAUUGUAUGCAGAACAAAUGAUUUACAUUAAUCAUCACUUGCCUGAAAUGUAA